GAGGAGGGAACCGAAGCAGGAAGGAAGACAGCAGGCUGUGAAUGCUAACAAGCCCGUGGUAAUACUGCUCCGUAGGUAGGCUUUGAUAAUACAUAUUGCAAUGGAGAUGAACGACGACCACUAUUGAAGACCUACUAUGCGCCAGGCCGCGUCUCCUCUGUGCGCGUGCAGCAGCCGCCGUCGUCGGUGCGUUUGAUGUGAAAACCGUCUUUUCCACUGAGUGAAAUGUAUCGCGACUGCUUGGGAUUCACAUUCUGACAAUGGAGAUUGAAAAUAUCGUGGCCAACACGGUUCUCCUGAAGGCAAGAGAAGGUGGCGGAGGGAAGAGGAAUGGCCGGAGUAAGAAGUGGAAGGAGAUGCUCAAACUUCCUCACAUCAGCCAGUGUGAGGAGCUACGUCGCACUAUUGAGAGGGACUACACCAGUUUAUGUGAGAAGCAGCCCAUUGGCCGGCUGUUGUUUCGUCAGUACUGUGACACAAGGCCAGAACUCAAACGCUGCAUUGAGUUCAUGGAUGCUGUGGCCAUGUACCAACUAGCCCCUGAUGAGAAGAGGAGGGACUGCGGACUGAAUGUUUUAGACACAUACUUUAAUAAUGGGUCAGCGGCCCAUUUGCCCGACAUACCGCAGGACGUGGUAGCCGCGUGCCGGGAAAGAUUAGAGCAGAGUCCGUGUAAGGAGCUCUUCAAUGACUGCACCAAAAUAGUUCGUGAUUAUUUGAGUGGAGCUCCAUUUUCCUCUUACCAGGAGUCCAUGUACUUCUCUCGCUUCCUGCAGUGGAAAUGGUUGGAAAGGCAACCAGUAACCAAAAAUACCUUCAGACAUUAUAGAGUACUAGGAAAAGGUGGCUUUGGCGAGGUUUGUGCCUGCCAAGUGCGUGCCACUGGUAAGAUGUACGCCUGCAAAAAGCUGGAGAAGAAACGAGUGAAGAAAAGAAAAGGGGAAGCAAUGGCAUUAAAUGAAAAACGCAUUUUAGAAAAAGUCAACAGUAGUUUUGUAGUUAGUCUAGCCUAUGCCUAUGAGACCAAGGAUGCGUUGUGCCUGGUGUUAACAAUAAUGAACGGUGGUGACUUGAAGUUUCACAUUUAUAACAUGGGGAACUCUGGGUUUGACGAGCAGCGAGCCAUUUUUUAUGCCGCUGAGAUCUGCUGUGGCCUCGAGGACCUGCACCGUGAGCGGAUAGUUUACAGGGAUUUGAAACCAGAAAACAUCCUUCUUGAUGAUCGCGGUCAUAUUCGUAUCUCUGACCUGGGGCUUGCAGUUCAAAUCCCAGAAGGGGAGACGAUACGAGGGAGAGUCGGCACUGUUGGAUACAUGGCUCCAGAGGUGAUUCAAAAUGAGAGCUACACCUUCAGUCCGGACUGGUGGGGUCUGGGAUGUUUGAUCUUUGAGAUGAUCCAGGGCCAGUCGCCUUUUCGAAAGCGUAAGGAACGUGUGAAAAGGGAGGAAGUGGACCGACGAGUGCGCGAAGACCAGGAGGAAUACUCCGAUAAGUUUUCUGAGGAAGCAAAGGACAUCUGCAGACAGCUCUUGGCUAAAGACCCCAAGGAGCGGCUCGGCUGUCAGGGUCAAGGGGCCUCAGAGGUCAAGCAGCACCCCAUCUUCAGGAACAUCAACUUCAAACGACUGGAGGCCAACAUGCUGGACCCUCCCUUCAUUCCUGAUCCACGAGCCGUUUAUUGUAAAGAUGUUCUGGACAUUGAACAGUUUUCUACUGUCAAAGGUGUGAACCUUGACCCCACUGACGAUGAUUUCUAUCACAAGUUUGUCACAGGCAGUGUCUCCAUCCCCUGGCAAAAUGAGAUGAUAGAGAUGGAGUGCUUCAAAGAAAUUAAUGUUUAUGAGACUGAUGGGGUGCUGUGUGCGGAUUUGGAUGUGAAUCGACCCAACCCUCCACCAAAGAGAGGCUUCUUCUAUCGCCUGUUUAGAAGAGAGGCAAGUGCUAGUGCUCCGGCUACUGUGCGAGGGGGUGGGGGCUAAGGUCUGUUUUAAAGGGGGCUAUAGUGAAGACGAAACCGAGGAGCCCUCACGACUCUAAACCACUCCUUCCACCUGCCUCAUCCCCCUCACACCGCUGAACAUCACAUCAAACUCCAACCGAGCGCAGAUUUUAGGAACUCAGUGAAUGUUGACCUGUAUUUAUGAGCUGUAUUAAAAGUGUAUUAUAAUUAAAGAAAAAAGUAUGAGUUUAAAGAUUUUGUACAUUUGUACUUGAAUUUAUGUCUAGAUGUAUAUUUUCACUAAAGGUUGUAUUGUACAAAAAGCCAUAAAAGUACCACUUGAAUGCAUACAUUUUAUUUUUUUUCUUUUUAUUUUUUAUUGGAAUGAGUAUGGACAAUAUGUAUUGGGAUUUUUUUAAAAGCACAGUACUAGUAGUCAUUUUAUUUUUCCAAUGUAGCAUACGGCUUUUUUGUAUGCGCCUUUUGUCUCAUUAAUUUGCAUUGGGCUGUGUAAUUUGUUUUGGGAAAAUUGGAUAUACAAAGUGCUAAUUUCAUCCCCUUAUAGACCUAGAUAGAGUUAAAUGAAGCUUGUAGACCCAGGUGAAAAGGGAUAAAAUGCAAAUUCUCUAAAAACAGAAUAUUUGACUCCAAUGAUGGUUUCAGUGAUUAUAAAUCUAUUUAGAUUUUGAUGUUCUCCACAAAGGCAGACUUGUAGAUGUGCGAAUACUCAUCCCCUGACCUCGAGCUUAGGGAAAAGUUUUCCUGUGAGAAUGAGAAUUAUUUGGAUUGUGAAAAUCUUUUUUUUUUUUUUUUUAACAAAUGAAUCUAUUCACAGCCUGAUUUAAAUUAUGUGAUAUUUAUCCCCUUAUGCCUCUAGUUUAUAUUCAGUUUUUACCUGUGGCUUUAACUGUGUUCAUUUUAAAUAUUUUCAAGUAAUCACACCCUUGAUCCUAAACGUUGUUCUCUAUAGAAUUGACUUGAGGCUUAGGCAAAGUGUAGAAUGGGAGUAGAGUUAACAUCAUCUGUGUACAGGAAUACUCAACCACUUCAAAUCCCUAUAUGUUGUGCACUUUUGUUUUUUUUAACAUGGAGAACAUUUUCAUGUAUUUUUAUUAGUCAGUUUUAGCCAAAUUUCAUGAUUUAUUUUCAUUAUUUGACUUUUGACACAGGCAUUUAUGCUUUAAAUCAUGCUUAAAGGCAGUCACUGUUUACGCCACACCAAUACUGUGAAUACCCGAUUUGGAUACAUUUGCUUUGUGUAUGUAUAGAUGAAUUGUAUAAAAUGCAGCUUUUGUUAAGUCCAGUGCAUUGAAUUAUUUUAAUGUGCUAUCUGAAUGAAAAUUAACCAGAUAGAGUCUUUGAUUGUACAGAUGCGCAUUGUCUGCAUUUUGUUGUCAAUAUGAUAAAGGAAUUUAACUGAGCAGAAAUUUAUACAAGCUAUUUAUAACGAUGCAUUCAUUGAGGUACGGUGUUAGUUGCCCAUAGAGUACAGAUUUUCGGUCUAGAUUUUUAUCCCAUAUUACACAUUCCAUUGGCAUAACUGGGGCUCUUAACUUUCUCCAUUAAGCGGUCACCAUCAUGUCAUUAAUAUGUUUUAGGUGAUUGGUUAUUUGUUGUCAUGCUCUGGCACAUUUUAUGCUUUUUUUCUUCACAAUGUAGAUUUAGUGCAUUAACUUUUAGCCUCAAAACCUUGUAAAUGAUGUAUUUCUAACACAGCCGUAACACUCAUCGCCUUCAAAGUUAACCGUGUUUUCCACCCAUGCCUGUCACUGUUCAGAGAAACAAUUCUCAAUCCAUCAGUAAAUAUCUGUUUUAUUGCACUAUGGUGUGUAUGGACAAUGAUGAUAGGAAGUGUCUUUAACUUUUUCCAAUGAUACCAAAAGCACCAUUGAGUUAAUUAAACUUGUUUUGUCUAAAAGAAAGACAGCCUUCAUUGUAUGUGCCAAUUACCAUGUUAAGUUUUGAUACCAUGAGUUUUUCAGUUCUCCAUAAUUCCGUCCACUCAGUAAAUCCAUUAACAUAAAUGAUUUUUGAAAAGUUUUGAAUGUCGCACUAAGUGCAUUGUAAUGCCUGUUUUAAAUACAUACAUUUUAGUACUGAAGCAUGUAUUGGUUUGUAAUACUUCAGGUUCCUUGUAUAUGUUAUGAUGACCUUCUAGUGCCAACAUAUCUCACUGGUAUCUGAAGACGACUUUAUAAAUGGCAAGGUGACCAGCUGAGUUGUUUACCCUGUUUGAAUAUAUGUCUGCAUCCUUCACUGGGGGAUGUCAAAACGAUGUUGUACAACACAGAUUAACAAGUCUAUGGACCGGGGGCAUUGCCGUCAGUAUUCAAACAGGGUCAGGGAUCUCUUGUUUUUCUUUUCUUUUUUUUUUUUUUUAUAAAUAUAUAAAUAUAUAUAAAUAAAUAUAUAUCUGUACAGUCAUGUCUUUCAACCACUGCAGUCAUUGUUAAUUCUUGUACAUGUUGUAUCACUGGUUGUUGUACCAUAUCAGACAUUUGUAAUUAUGAAAUAAUACACUGCCAUUUGUAUAAAA